AUGAAAGAUCACAUCAAAACCUCAAGCUGGUGUGACCUCGGAGUGUCCAUCGGCGUUGGCGGCGGGAAAGGGCUCCUGGGCGUGCUUAUGAUCUGCUACGGCAUUGGCUUAGUCGGCCGGACAAAUUCACGAGGACAGUUGAACAACGCGGCCGGCCUCAUGGGCAUUGCGCUCGGAACGGUCUGGUGCCUGUCAUGGUCUUCGGGCGUCGUCAUCUGGGAGGGCGAGGUCGGUGCUACCUACGUGGGCAUCAUGUGGGGUGUGCCCAUCGUGCUGGCGGCGGUGGUGGCGGCGUCCCGGUGCUUCGUCGUCUACCGCGUUCGCACCAAGGACGAGCAAGAGCUGCCGGUCUCCGGCGCAUGA